AGAUGCGCAUGGUGAUGGGUGGAGCUUAUGCAUCAGGCUCUUUCUCCGUCUCUCCUUCUCUCUCACGCUGCGUCCUCAUUCUUCCUCUCACGUCCGCCUGCUUCCCUCUUUCUUUUCCUUCCUCCUCCUCCUCUCCUCUCUCAGAGGACUCUGUCCUUCUUAUGGACUAUCCACUUCCUCCCGACUUAGUCUGAGCAACAGCGGGGGUCUUUCCGGGCACCUGAGCUCCCUCGCUCUGUUUUCAUCCACCUCUCUCUGGGGAGGUGAGGAGGACUGAGGGUGGGGGGUGUGUCGCACCUCCUGGGGCCCGGGAAGCGAGGAGGAUCCCGUGGAGCUCCCUUCGUCCUGCUGGUACUGCGUCUGGAGACAGCCCUGCCUCUCAUCAUGAGCUUGGCAGCCAGGGUCUCCUGCUCUAUGCUCAACUGCUUUGGCGAAGAGGGACCCCCCAGUCUGGAGUACAUCCAAGCCAAGGACCUGUUCCCCCCGAAGGAGCUGGUCAGGGAGGACGACGACCUCCAGGUGCCGUUCCCAGCUCUUCCUGGGGAAGGGGUGGAGUAUCUGGGCCGAGCCGAUGACGCCAUCAUCGCCAUCUCCAACUACAGGCUCCACAUCAAGUUCAAGGACUCCAUCAUCAAUACCUAUCCAGGUGUGGACAAUCACAUUUCUGUGCCUCUGAUGCUGAUAGAGAGUGUGGAGAGCAGAGACAUGUUCCAACUGCACAUCAUCUGCAAGGACUCCAAAGUCGUCAGAUGCCGCUUCUCCACGUUCAAGCAGUGCCAGGAGUGGCUGAAGCGUCUGACCCGGGCCAUAGCCCGCCCUGGCAGGCUGGAGGAUCUGUUUGCCCUGGCCUAUCACGCCUGGUGCCUGGGGGGCAGCACUGACGAUGAGGACCAGCACCUACACCUCUGCAGACCAGGUGAUCAUGUCCGUCAGAGGCUGCAGAUGGAGGUGAAGAGGAUGGGCUUCGACAUGCAGAACGCCUGGAGAGUGUCCGACAUCAACCUCAACUACAAGCUGUGCUCCAGCUACCCCCAGAAGCUGCUGGUGCCAGUGUGGAUUACAGACAAGGAGUUGGAGAGUGUGGGCUCCUUCAGAUCCUCCAAGAGAAUCCCUGUGGUGGUCUAUAGGCACCAGAGGAACGGGGCAGUGAUCGCCCGCUGCAGCCAGCCAGAGAUCAGCUGGUGGGGCUGGAGGAACACAGAGGAUGAGUACCUGGUAACAUCCAUCUCUAAGGCCUGUCUGAUGGACCCCGGGGCCAGAUUCACCUGUGGGGCCCCAGCCUGCAGCCAGCCCCGAGGGGAGGGCCCAGACAGCUCUGACAGCGACUUUGACUCCUCUCUGACAGGAUGCCCAGGCCCUGAUGCCAACACUGCGCCACAAAAGCUUCUCAUCCUCGAUGCCCGCUCCUAUACCGCUGCAGUGGCCAACCGCGCCAAGGGAGGUGGCUGUGAGUGUGAAGAUUACUACCCUAACUGUGAGGUGAUGUUCAUGGGCAUGGCCAACAUCCACUCCAUUAGGAACAGCUUCCAGUCCCUCCGAGCCGUCUGCAGCCAGAUCCCCGACCCUGGGAACUGGCUGUCUGCUCUGGAGAGCACCCGUUGGCUGCAGCACCUGUCCGUCAUGCUGAAGGCAGCCACUCUGGUGUGCUCUGCGGUGGAAAGGGAGGGACGUCCAGUUCUGGUGCAUUGUUCAGACGGGUGGGACCGCACCCCCCAGAUUGUGGCGCUCGCCAAGAUCCUGCUGGACCCAUUCUAUAGGACACUAGAGGGUUUCCAGGUGCUGGUGGAGACGGAGUGGUUGGACUACGGUCAUAAGUUUGGCGACCGCUGCGGUCACCAGGAGAAUGCCGAUGACGUGAGUGAGCAGUGCCCCGUCUUCCUCCAGUGGCUGGACUGUGUUCAUCAGUUGCUCAAACAGUUCCCCUGCCUCUUCGAGUUCAACGAAGCCUUCCUGGUCAAGCUGGUUCAGCACACAUACUCCUGCCUUUACGGGACGUUCCUGUGUAACAACGGGCGGGAGAGAGAGUCCCGCAACAUCUACAAACGCACCUGCUCCGUCUGGUCUCUGCUCCGCACCGGCAACAAGAACUUCCAGAACUUCCUCUUUAUCCCCAGUCAUGAUAUGGUGCUGCAGCCGGUGUGCCACACCCGGGCCCUGCAGCUGUGGACGGCCGUCUACCUGCCCACCUCCUCACCCUGCACCUCUGCCGAGGACGCCAUGGACCUCUACCUGUCCCCCGGCCUACAGGGAGACGAGCUCACCUCACGGUCCCUGGACAGGCUUCCUAAGACUCGCUCCAUGGACAACCUGGUGUCUGCCUGUGAGAACGGGGUGGCCCUCACCCGCACCUCCAGCGACCCCAACCUCAAUAAGCAUUGUCAGGAGGGCCGCACGGGCCUUGGCCUGGAGCCUAUGGCUGCUAUAGGAGGAGGGGCCGCACCCGACAGCCCAGAGGACGUCAGCCCUGACACGGGAUUGGAAAGCGAUGACUCUGAGGUGGAGCCCGUCACUCAAAUCCCUCCUACCACACCCCUGGAGAUGGAGCCGAGGGAAGAGGGCUUUGAGGAGGAGGAGGAGUUGAGAGAGGAGAUCUGUCUCACCACCCAGCCCCUGCCCUCCCUGCCCCUCUCCCCCAUCGCUCUGGAGCAGGGCCUCGCCCACCUCCCCUCUCUCCCCCCGCCCACACCAAUCCUCCAUCAGACCCUCUCCCAGACCACCAGCCCCCCAGUUCCUCCCCCUCGACUGCCACACCAGAUGGCUGACAGUCACUCCAGGACUGCCUUGGUCACUACCCGUCCUGCCUGCAUACCAUCACCACCUGCCUGGAAGGGCCCACUACCGGCAGCCGUUCUGAACAGGCCUAUCACCAAUGGCCUCCAGAUCGGACGCUCCACUUCCUCAGAGCUGCUGGCCCCUGAGCAGCUAGUUCCCAUACUUCCUACGGCCAUGGAGGACUCCACCGAGACGCUCACAGACGAAACAGAGGCCCCACCAACGCUACCCCCUAGCAGGAGAGAAAGUCUAGGCCAGGCCCAGGCCCCAGAGUGGGCCUUACCCCAGGCCCAGGGAGAGGAGGGAGAGGGGAAGAGGACAGAGGGUGUGAGUGGCAGAGACCUGGUGCCUCUGAGAGGACGUGUGAUAGCAGUACCAACGUCAAAGGUAGCAGCGUCCUUCGCCUCCACAGUGCCCCCUGUUGACAACAGCCAGGCGGUGGAGGUGCGACGCCGGGUCUCUCAGAGCCAACUGCGUGUCAGUGAGGAGCUGUCUCUGCUGGGCUCUCGCUGGGAGAGUGUCCAGGGCCUGGUCCAGUCUGCCUGCAGCACUGCAGCCAGCCACUCUGGACUCUCAGCCAACCUCUCGUCAGGCUUCUGUCGAGCCCUUCAGCCCACUGCCUACCAGAGUCGACGCCUGGCUGGCAAGCUGCUGCGCGCCCAGGGCAUGGCCGUGCCUAACGGAGGUUCGCAGUACGGCCGAAGGGAGAGGGAGGACAGGGUGCGCUCCUCGGCUCCAGCCCCAGCCAGCUCCAGCCCUGUCAAGUCCGGGUCAGGCUGGCUCUCUGCAGUCAGAAGCAGCCCGGGCUACGCUGCCAUCAUGUGCCCAACCACCACCAGCGCUCCACCCACCUUUUCAAUCCGCCAGCUCCUCCCAGCCUCUCCCUGCUCCUCGGCCUCCCCCCCGCCCUCCCAGCCCCCCCCGGCCUACCUGGAUGAUGACGGGCUGCCGGUGCCCGUGGACGCGGUGCAGCAGCGCCUCAGGCAGAUGGAGGCGGGGUAUAAACAGGAAGUGGAGGUGCUGAGAUGCCAGGUGCGCCAGCUGCAGAUGAGGCUGGAGAGGAAACAGUACGGCACGCCGCCCUCCGAGCCUGACGUCGACUACGAGGACGACAUUACGUGUCUGCGUGAGUCAGACGACAGUGAUAAGGAGGACAGUCUAUCGGACCACAGCGAGGACCGUUUCUCCGAGGGCAGCUGGGACAGAGUGGAGCAGAAGGAGACAGAGGUCACAAGAUGGGUCCCCGAUCACAUGGCCUCCCAUUGUUUCAACUGCGACUGUGAGUUCUGGAUGGCCAAGAGACGUCAUCACUGCAGGAACUGUGGCAAUGUGUUCUGUAAAGACUGCUGCCACCUGAAGCUGCCCAUCCCAGACCAGCAGCUGUAUGACCCUGUCUUGGUGUGUAACGUCUGCUAUGACCUGCUGCUGGAGGCCAGGAACAGAGAGAUCCGCAGCCAGCAGCUCAAGAAGCCCAUCGCCACAGCCUCCAGCUGAGAGACAGGAGAGAGAGAGAGAGCCCUUUUUUACUGAAUGGCCCAGUCCUGGCUCAGUCUGGCCUGGCUUGGCUCGGUUCAGUUUGGCCCAGUUAGGAACUGGAUCAGCACCAUCUUGGAUCAGCUUUGGACAGAUAUGAGCCAAGUGCCCCAUUCACACUACCCUAACAUGGUCUGGUCUUGGCU